UCCUCGUUGCUGCAGGAUGAAUUAGGAAGGCAGAGCCUUUUCCUCUGAGCCAUGGAGACGAGGGCAUCUUUCAUUGCCAGCAUGAGAGACACCCAGAGCCUCUCCCCGGAGAAGGAUCCCAGCCCRGCCAACGGUGAUGGGGAGCAGUUUGAUUCAGAUGAGGGCUCCAGCAUUGAGGACGCAGACUUCAACUGGGACGAGUUCCUGGAGGAAACAGGAGCCAGCGCUGCUCCCCACACYUCCUUCAAACACGUUGAAAUCAGCCUUCAAAGCAGUUUCCAGCCAGGGAUGAAAUUAGAAGUGGCCAACAAGAGCAAUCCAGACACGUACUGGGUGGCUACCAUCAUCACCACCUGCGGGCAGCUSCUGCUGCUCCGCUACUGCGGCUACGGGGACGACCGCAGGGCAGACUUCUGGUGUGAYGUGAUGACAGCAGACCUGCACCCCGUGGGCUGGUGCACGCAGAACAACAAGGUCCUGAUGCCUCCAGAUGCAAUCAAAGAGAAAUACACGGACUGGACAGAGUUCCUCAUCCACGAUCUGACCGGCGCCAGGACGGCCCCUGCCAAUUUGCUGGAAGGUCCUCUGCGAGGAAAAAACCCUGUAGACCUCAUUACAGUUGAUUCCUUAAUAGAGCUGCAGGAUUCCCAGAAUCCCUUUCAGUACUGGAUAGUUAGUGUGGUUGAAAAUGUUGGAGGAAGAUUACGCCUUCGCUAUGUGGGAUUGGAGGAGACUGAAUCCUAUGACCAGUGGUUGUUUUACUUGGAUUGCAGACUUCGACCAGUCGGUUGGUGUCAAGAGAAUAAAUACAGAAUGGACCCACCUGCAGAUAUCUAUUCUCUGAAGACUAUAACUGAGUGGAAAUGCGCUCUGGAAAAAUCCCUUAAUGAUGCAGCAAAUUUUCCUCUUCCAAUGGAAGUGUUCAAGGACCAUGCUGAUUUGAGAAACCACUUCUUCACUGUGGGGAUGAAGCUGGAGGCAGUGAAUAUGAGGGAGCCUUUUCAUAUCUGUCCUGCAUCAGUGACCAAGGUUUUUAACAAUCAUUAUUUACAAGUGACCAUCGAUGACUUGAGACCCGAACCCAGCAAAAUCUCGAUGCUUUGCCAUGCAGAUUCCUUGGGGAUCUUGCCUAUACAGUGGUGCCUUAAAAACGGAGUCAAUCUCACACCUCCCAAGGGUUACUCUGGCCAGGACUUUGACUGGGCAGACUACCAGAAGCAGUGUGGAGCCGAGGCAGCGCCUCACCUGUGCUUUAGAAAUACAUCCUUCAGCCGUGGCUUCACCAAGAACAUGAAGCUGGAGGCGGUGAACCCCAGGAACCCCGCAGAGAUUUGUGUCGCUUCCAUCACCUCGGUGAAAGGACGGUUGAUGUGGCUGCACCUGGAAGGUUCACAGAUGCCCUCCCCAGAGUACAUCGUUGAUGUGGAGUCUAUGGACAUUUUCCCUGUUGGCUGGUGUGAAGCAAAUGCUUACAACCUCACCCCACCACACAAAGCUGUUUUGCGAAGGAAGAGAAGAAUUGCAGUUGUGCAACCAGAAAAACAGUUACCAUCCACAGUGCCUGUUGAGAAAAUACCUCAUGACCUCUGCCCGGUUCCUCAGCCAGACACAACAGGCACCAUCAAUGGGAGGUACUGCUGCCCCCAGCUCUACAUCAACCACCGCUGCUUCUCAGGUCCCUACUUGAACAAAGGCAGGAUCGCAGAGCUACCUCAGUCCGUGGGGCCUGGCAAGUGUGUGCUGGUCCUCAAAGAGGUUCUCAGCAUGGUGAUCAAUGCAGCUUACAAGCCAGGGAGUGUUUUACGAGAACUGCAGCUUGUGGAAGACCCUCAGUGGAAUUUCCAGGAGGAAACACUUAAAGCAAAGUACAGAGGGAAGACGUACAGGGCRACGGUGAAGAUCGUGCGGACGUCGGACCAGGUGGCAGAUUUCUGCAGGAGGGUCUGUGCCAAGCUGGAGUGCUGCCCCAACCUCUUGAGCCCUGUGCUGGUGGCUGAAGUCUGCCCCGAGAACUGCUCCAUUCACACCAAAACCAAGUACACUUAUUAUUAUGGGAAGAGGAAAAAAAUCAUUAAGCCACCRAUUGGGGAAAACAACAACAUGAAAAGUGCCCAUGUCAAGCCAGCCAGACGCAGAAAGAGGCGGAAAUCCAUCUUUGUGCAGAAGAAAAGGAGGUCUUCAGYUGUGGAUUCCAAUGCUGCAGGCUCUGCAGAGGAGAGUGAGGACGAGGAGCCGGACGCCGUGGAGGAUGAGACGGGCAGCGAGGAGACGAGCUCAGAGCUGCGGGAUGACCAGACGGACACGUCCUCGGCCGAGGUGCCAUCCAGCAGGCCCCGGAGAGCGGUCACUCUGCGGAGUGGUGCUGAGCUGGACAGAGCUCCGGCCACGGAGAGAGCCCGGCGGAGCCGCAGACCCCAACCCCACUCGUGCAGCGAGGCAGAGAAGGGCACACAAACCAAGGAGGAAAUUAAGCCAGAAGAGGAAGAGAAGCUCAUCCUGGACAGUAACCCACUGGAGUGGACUGUGACUGAUGUUGUGAGGUUUAUUAAACUCACUGACUGUGCACCCCUUGCCAAAAUAUUUCAGGAGCAGGACAUCGAUGGCCAGGCCCUCCUGUUGCUGACACUGCCCACGGUGCAGGAGUGCAUGGAGCUGAAGCUGGGUCCAGCCAUCAARCUGUGCCACCAGAUCGAGCGAGUAAAAGUUGCUUUCUAUGCACAAUAUGCCAACUGACUGCACUUCUCCGUUCCUUCCUGUCCUCCUCCUUGUUCCUCAUCCUUUUUUAACUUUUCAACUUGUUCAAGGGGUUUUCUUUCCUUUUUCUUUUCCGAGAACAAGUGGAAUUGAAAGCACCGGGAAUUAAUCUGUAAGGGGGAAGAAAAACAAACGUGAAAGAAAACUAGCAACAAAUGGAACUGAUUUUUCUGUACUUGUAAAGCACAUGGACAGACUGCUGGCUUCUCUCCUCGUGAACCUCUCCAGCCCAUUGCUCAGUGGUCCAAGGCCUGUGUGGUUCAGAUGGUUUGUCACCACACCAAACCUACCAAUGCAGAUACAUUCCCAAGGAGGAGGGUCAGACAUUUCCAGACAGUGAUGAUUUGCCUAGGACAAUUUCUGGAUGUGAACAUUUAUUUUAGACAACUCUGACACUCUUCUUUCAUAUUGAAAUGCAAGUGAUYGUUUGUAGCAUUACCUGGGGUUUACUACAAAUUUGAUCUUGGUGAUCAAUGGGCUUUUUUUUUUUUUCCUCCCGCCUCUCUGGUUUUACAAAAGGAAAAAGUGUUACACCAGGCAUACACUGAUUGUUCCUGAGUGAAUUAUGAAAGGGGGCUCAACCCGUGGUCUCUGUGGUAUCAGACAAAGUUGCAGUGAACUGACAGGGGUGACACAAGACCUGGUGGGCAGCAGCACAUCCUGAGCCACACUGCCUGUGCACAAGAAUAUCUCUGUGAUGGGAUCUGUACAAUGCUCUGUUCUUGUACCAAAACAUCAAAGCUUUCAGAGUCAGGCCCAUCCUCUUAAAUCCAAGUCAAAUUUAAAUUUAAAGAYCUGACUUGGAGCCCAUAUGGUGACAACAGACUGGGAUCAGGGAAUCCUGCUGACUGCUGUGCUCAGGACAACCUACUGACCAACACCAGGCUGCAGCUGCUGUGUUCUCAUUCAGCAGUUCCCUUCUUAAAUUCUUUGGAGAAGAGGGGGAACCUUCAGAAAUAAAUACUCUGGACUACAUCCAAAUCUUGGCCAGAGGGUGUGUUAAGCAGAAGCAUUGACUCUGCCAUGCAUCACUUGGGAAUUCCUAGCUUGUCUUUCAGUGAGGUUCUGGAUUUUUCACUGAGGAAUGGGAUGGUGCAACUGCUGCAGGCUGAGCCAGAUCUUGAGACUUCAUCAGAAAUUUUCUYACAUGGGAGAUGAGCAGGAUUGGAUCUGUUCUCAG